GGACAGAGGGCAGGACAGUGAGCUGGGCGGGAGAGAACAGCAGGAAAAAAAGCUCUCACAGAUCUCAGAGCUCAAAGCUCUUCUAAGAAAGCUCAUCAAACUGCUCAGCCUUCAUACCUUGUCCAAAUCAGGGUUCUGUAUUCUUCGAGGCUUUGUUUUUUAAGUAUUAAUAAAAAAAUAACAUUUUGUGCUGUAACUUUGUGAAGUGUAGAAGCUAUGAUUGGAGGAGUGAAACAGGAGAGAUGCGAGGGAUGGCAGAGUUUUUACAUGAACCAGGCUUAUCGUGGACCAGACAGCAUGAGAUUAAGCAGUGUGGCAUAUUCCUCUCUGGAGCAUCCUUAUCAUGUCUUCAGAGAAUCAAUGGCUGGAGAAGACACAGAAAAGUUUGAGCCUUCUUCAGAUAUCCUGGCUCAACAGAGACAUCCCGAAACAGAUCAUAACAGACUGGAACAUCCUGACCUGAAAUCAGUGUAUCGAAGAACCUUCAACCACACCAAGCCUCCUUAUUCCUACAUCUCACUAAUUUACAUGGCGAUCCAGCAGUCACCAUCCAAGAAGCUCACCCUGAAUGAGAUCUAUGACUGGAUCCGCCAGCUCUUCCCUUAUUACCGGCAAAAUCAGCAGCGUUGGCAAAAUUCCAUCCGCCACUCGCUUUCAUUCAAUGACUGCUUUGUGCGGGUCCCAAGGUCCCCGGAUUCUCCAGGGAAAGGCUCCUUCUGGACCCUGCACCCUGACUCUGGCAACAUGUUUGAAAAUGGCUGCUACAUGCGCCGACAGAAGCGUUUCCGGUGCCGGGGUGCAACAUCACCAUCUGCAACUAAAAACACUUCAAAAAAAGCUGAGAGGGAAACAGUAAAGCAAGAGGGCAAGAAGAAGGGAUCAGAGGUUAAAUUGACAGUCUUGUCCCUUUCUCCGUCUCAGCCUUCUAAAACUCCUAUGCCAGCAGUAUUACCUGCAGUCAUGGAUUGCCCUCAAAUGUCACCUCCACCUCAGCAACACAACACCCACUCACUGACUCCGUUUCCUCCAUCCUCGGUACAUUCGGCACACCAAACAAAUAUAACUUGUUCCACCAUGUCAACACUUCACCCAACUGCCUCCUGCCCUCCAGAGCCUUGUGUUCAUGGAGAUCCCUUUUUCCACCAGUCUCUUUCUAUGCCACCAAUUGUGGACUUUCAGUGCUAUGAACCUCCUGUCAGUUACCCUGUUUAUUAUCCAUCAUCAAGCUCCAGCAUUCAUCAAUAUAAUCCAUAUCUCACAGGCAAGGAGGAAUCCUCGUAUGCGGGAGACUCGGUGUGCUACUCUGGACUCAGCAUGUGCCCAAUGCCAGUUUAAGCUCCUCCUAAUGCACUGAUUUUCCUGUUUGUCUGAACUACUGAAGUAAUAAUGAUGU